AUGAGGGACCCCAAGAUUGCUAGAUUCAUCUUGGAGCAAGAGCUGCCUCCGGACUCUCCAACUCCAACCCCAAAAGACCAAACCUCCGAUCCCAAACAAACCAAACCGAAAGGAUCGAACCUGGAGGGAAUCAAGGUUUUGGACCAAGUGAGGCAAUUGAACCUCGAAGCUUGUCGGGAUCCACACUUAGAAGAAUAUCUCCCGCACCUAUUGAACACUCAACUAUGUCGAACGGUGGACGACCGGUGGAUCAUUGCCAAUCCGGUUCAUUCGUUGCAUCUUGCCUCGCAAGUCGAUGAAUCGCAGCAGCAGCAACCACAUCAACAGCAGCAACAGCAGCAUAGCUGGAAACAAAAUCCAGUCCUCUUUGGAGACGAAGAACAACGGACGAUUGUGUUAAAGUCCAAGGGAAUAGCCGAAACCUGGUCUCCGCUGGAUGGAAAUUCUGCGGCCAUUGAAGAGGAUCGAAUCGUCGAGCCUGCGUCCGCACCACCUCGUUUCAGCGAUAUGACAGCACCUGUGGGGUCUAUGAUGACACCAUUCUCUCCUGAUGGGACAAUAUCGAUGCAACCAAUGGCUGCACGAUCAGCUAUGCCAGGCAUUCCCUCGGGUGUCAUUUCGAUGUAUGUUGACACUAAUCAAGAAGUAGCGCAGAAACCUCACAUGACGCCCCAACAGACUGUGUCGUCUUCCGCCGCGAAUUCCAUGCGCAAUGCUUCAAGCCCCGCAGCGGCACAAGCAAUGAAGAGUGGAUCGACAGCAAACCAAAUCAAUCCCAAGCCAUUGGGUGGGAAAAAUUUGAGUGCCAUCAAGAAUGCGACUUCCACGUCCAAUGACAGUGCGCCGUCCUCCAGUAUUUCGCCUGCUCCUGCAACGCAAACGUCAGCGAACCCACUCAAUAGGAGAGCAGACAUACCAUGGCAAGAGACGCAAAAAAGCGGGACACAAGCAUCAGUAAGUGCUCCCAGACCUUCUGCGAUCCCAGUUCCGAAGAAUACACCUUCCACCGAAAAGGUAGCCUCAGCCAAUGGGAAGGAUAACGUUGCAAUAGGUACUCAAAGCGUUCGACAAGGGAAAGGCGGCAAGGGUCUUUUGUUUGCGAAACAUGGAUCAAGCUCGAGAGCACCCGUUGCAUCUUCUGUGACGCCACAGCAAACAGUGAAGCCAAAACCUGAUGAUCAGAAGCCUGUAGAAAGUGUGCAGUCAAAUACAGCAACACCUUUCCACGUUACAAGUUCUAGUAGCUUGGGUACCGCGCAAGCACAAGGAAUGCCGUCGGUAAAUGGCCAAACAACAGAAAAUGCAAGCGCGAAGAAAGCCAUGGAUAAAUCAAAUCCAUUACAAAAGCCUCCUUCAAUAAUGCCAACGAGCAUCUCGUCCGCGCCCCAGGUUAGAGCUGCAGCACUUCAAGCCCACGGAUUAACAGACGAGCGCUUUCAUCAAUUCAGGGUGGCUGAGAACGCCAUUGAAAUGGUUCGGCAAUCCAUUCCAACGUAUGGAAGGACAACCAUCACAAACAAGAAGAAGUCCGAAAGUGCCAAAAAGAAGCGCAAGAAGGAUCACGAAUCCUAUAGAUCUGCACCAGUGGCUGGUUGGGCGGCACCUUCUCCCAAAGUGCUCAAUACGCGACAAGAGAGUGAAUGGAAUGAAGUUCGAAGGAGGGCCCCAGAAACUGUGGAAAGAUGGCUUGAGAACUUUCGCAUUAGUCGGGAAUCCUAUUGGAGUGAGAGGCGCAUUAAAAAUCCUGCUUCACAGCGAGGGAUGGGGAAGAGGAACAACGGCAGUUUCUAUUUACCAACGCAAGAGUUGUGUUCUGCAGCAGGCGAUGAUGACCAGUCCGGAAAUUCUUCAAAGCGCAAAAGAUCGAGGGCGCUCAUAGGGGACGAGUUGAUGACAUGCCUAGAAUGUGGUGCCAUUCACCCUUCACCAAGCUCAAUCGCUCCUAGUUCGAAGGAAGGCAUGCUAGAGCACAUGUUAAUGUCGGGGCACAAGUUUGCCGUCACUCGCGGGAAACGAGCCCAGGUGUUCAGCUUCGGUGGUGGAGAUUUCGUAUACCAUGCAGUUUUUGAUCAAGAGAAGUUUCGAAUCGACACAAUGAAACAACUUCCAAACCUUUCGUGGAAAGAGCACAAAGUCCAACGCUCCUUUGAUCCAUUCCAGUUUAUUUCAACAAAGGAUUACGGCAUUGUAUGGAGGGGACCAGUUGCGACGUACCCUUCAUUGGUUCCGAAAGAGCAUGUGCAUGCUACUGAAUUAAUACAUCGAAGAAAGUCACUGUUUGAGGGAAGACUUCGAGAAAAGUGGCUGCUGACUAAGCCGAACGCGAUGUCUUUCACUGCCUCUCAACACCUUUUGGAUGAGACGCAUAGGUACAAGAUCGAUGCACCUGUUGGAAUGUACAAUCUGGGAAAUACAUGCUACAUGACUGUAAUUCUGCAAUGCCUUGUGCACUGCGAUCCACUGCAACAGUACUUCCUUCGUGAUUCAGCUCACCACUACAAGGCGUCUAAGGUAUAUCGUGAAACUAGCGCAGAAGAAGGUGCACAAGUUGGUACCACUCCUUCCACAGAAAAUUCCUCACCAAAGGAAAAGAAAGAGUCCCAACUAUGCCUAGCAUACGAGAUGGAUCGAUUAUUUCUAUCAUACUAUGGCAGUGCAAUGGGGUAUGAUGUUCUCGCUGUGAUUGAAGAGUCGUCACACAACCUGUCCUGCAAUGUAUCUGAGGCAGAUGAAGCCUAUGUUGCAACUGAAAUUACAGAAGUUGACAAAGGGGAGCCUUUAAUCCCUUCAAGUCUACUUGCUACUAUUUGGAAGAGUGAGCAUCUCAAGCAUCUGGCAGGGUAUAAGCAACAUGAUGCGCACGAAUUCUUGAACUCGUUUCUGGAGCAAAUGAGUAAAAAUAUCAAGCAACAUCGAGAUCGCGUAGUCGAAUCCAUCAACACAGCACGCGAUGACAAUUGUGUCGAAAAGAUCCUCGAAAAGGAACUUGAUGUUGUUACGCGAUUGUUUCAGGGACAGCUGAGAUCAGUGCUCCUAUGCGAAGAGUGUGGUACAAAGAGAGUACAGGCCGAACCAUUCCUGAACAUUUCCCUGACUCUUUCUGAGGAAGUGGAAGGAUUGGAACGAGAUAGCAGCUCUGGUGGAGAUGGCGCGAAGCUGAGUGUUCAGACCUGUCUAGAUCACUAUGUACGGCCGGAGAGGCUCGCAGAUCCCGUUGAAUGUCCUGAUUGUGCAAAGCGAACAAGCACGAAGACACAACAUACGUUCUCCAAGCUGCCAAAGAUUCUUUGUCUUCACUUAAAACGAUUCGAUGCAGCUCGAAACAAGAAGAUCGAGGAGGCUGUGUCCUUCCCUGCCCGGGGUCUCAAUAUGGGACCCAUGCUUUCGCAUUGGUCUGAAGUAUCGAGCGUUCUUUCUGCAAAGAACGAGAACGGCACCAAGGCUGAGCCAAGAAUUUUGUACGAUCUGUUUGGCACUGCCAACCACCUUGGAAAUAUGCAAAGUGGUCACUACGUAUCGAAUGUAAAGGUUAAGGACCAGUGGUUUCACUGCAACGAUCAGCAUGUCAGUCGUGCAGGGGAUGGAAACGGAGAGGAGGCUGUCCUUAACAGUGAAGGUGCCUAUAUUUUAUUCUACGUUAGGCGAUAG